AUGAUUGAGGCGAUGCUCUGCCAAAAAACAGAGAGAAAGGAAGGAAAUGGGGCUGCUUAUGGCACGGCUUCUGUUUUAACGGCGCUGUUAAGGAACAAUGGCCGGAAGAUUUUUGUUUUCAAAACGGCUCAUGAUUCUCAUUGUGGUCCUUUCAUUAUUGUACCCGAGAAAAUAAUUCUCUCUAUUGAGGUGGCUAGCCUGAUUGGCAAAAGAAGGAAAAAGCAAACACCAGAGGAAAUUCUUGGGGAGCAGAAUGAGCCAGAGCUUAUUUUUCAUAGAACAGAGGUUCUUGGGAUAGAAGCCAGCAGAAGUAAAUCUUUCCAUCCCUCAGAUGCCGAUCUUGAGGCUGAGGGAUCUGUUUGGCCUGAGAAGGUUGUGGCUUUUAAGAUUUUUGUCAAGGAGAAGGAUGAGUCUAACAAGCUUGAAAAGAAGAAUGCUUAUUUGAUUAUUGAAGCUCCAGCAACUGAAGCUCCUCUUCCAACUAUUUCUGGUGAAGAUGAUGUGUCCACUAGCGACUCAAUUGAUGAACUAGCAAUUAUUUUUCAAAAAAUGAAAGAAUCCAUUAUUGUUAAGGACCGAUUUUACAAGAUGCGGAGGUUCACCAACUGCAUUUUAGGUUCAGAAGCUGUGGUUUUCUUGUCAGGGGAUCAAUACUUGGAGAGGGAAGAGACGAAAGAAUAA